AUGCCUCCCCACCAAUGCAGGGGGCUUGGUAUUCGCAAGUUCACCGAGGGAAAUAUAUAUUUCUGGGAUGACAUUUGGCUUGGGAAUGAACCCCUCAGAGGUCUUUGUCUCGAUGAACGGGGUAGACCAGAGAUGCUUGUUUCGGAGUUGGUCACAGAUGGUACCUGGGAUGGUGCCAAACUACAGGGACUUGAGGACCUGUGUCAGGCCGGCGUUACGGCUACUAUUGCUAUCUUUACUUGGAGACUUCUAUCCAACCGGAUCCCCAUUGACUCAAAGCUACAAUGGCGGAAAAUUGAGCUUGCAUCUAAAUGCCAAUGCUGCCCCCGACGACCAGAAACCGAGUCUCUUCAACACCUUUUUAUACAAGGGGAUGGGGCGAUAAGGGUGUGGAGGGAAUUUGAUGGGUGGUUCGAAGGAAAUUCCCCUCCUAUCGGGCUGAAUGAUACCAUCCCAUCAAGAAUCGAAGUGUGGGCGACCAGAUUGCAGCAGCCGGGAAGGAAGCACCUUAUCAGAGCCUUGCCAUAUCUCAUAUUCCGGUUCUUGUGGGCAGAAAGAAAUAGAAGCCGCCAUCAUGGAACUCAAUUUAAGGCGAGUAAUGUGAUAUGGCAGGUCAUUACCUUUGUCCGAAAUAAUAUGAUUAAUGGGAAGCUAAGGCCGAAGCAUUGGAGAGGAGUUCGGCUCGGAUUCAUUAUCCCGAACGAGGCCGAGGCCCAACGACCUAUGAGGCUCACGAUGAUGAUCAAGUGGGAGCCGCCGGACCAACCGUGGUUAAAACUCAACACGUAUGGGUCUUUUUUCGAAGAAACAGGAAAAGCUGGGGGAGGGGGCCUUAUUCGUGACUACACGGGUAGGGUGCUCAAGGCCUUUGCGUUACCUCUCGACGCACACUCACCCCUCGAAGCUGAGCUUCUCGCCAUGCACCACGGAUUGGUGAUGGCCGCGGAGCUGGCGAGGCCAAUUUGGCUCGAAACGGAAGCCGAAAAAGCUGUCGCACUGGUCCGAGGAAAUCAUUGGGGGCCUGCCCAUAUUCGCCAAGCAAUGGCUUUUUUGGCUCUAGACAAGCGGCGCCUUACCCUUCGGAUUUCCUUCAUCCACCGCGAAGGCAACAAAGCAGCCGACCUCCUCGCGAAGACUGGUGCUGAGAUGAGCCACAGCCGAAUCUUUGUGGAACAGGAUUUGCCGAGAGAACUAUCAGACAUCAUCCGACAGGAACAGAUGGGGAUCCCCAAUGCCCGAGCCCAAACCGAAGAAAGAAAUUAG